AUGCCACCACAACGCCACCAUGCAAAACCACAGUUUCGUCAUGUCCAACACUCGUAUCAGAGUCCUUCUGCAGGCCCACAACCCAGUCCAUCGGCGAAACAGUAUCUCGCUGGCGGAAUCCUCCGGACCGUAUUCCGGCAGUGGCGGUCGUACCUUCCCAGAGACGACCCUCGGCUGAGGCGUGCGCUCUGGCUAGAGAGUGGGGAAUGCUUCGUAGACGACCGACCUGGGCUCGACGUCACCUUGACUGUCGCCCGCCAUUAUCCGAGGAGGGAUCCCAAGCACUUCCUCAUAGUUCGUUACGAGAAUACACUGGGUCUUAUCGCUUACCAAAAAAGGUGUAUCGAGGAAGAGACAUACCUGAAAGGAUGGUCCGACUCUGGAUCCUGGGAGGGCAAAGACAAUAGCGCCAGCGGUGUUCUGCACUUGGGCUCACGCAAACAAUCCAAAGAAAAAGUGCAAGAUCCCAGUGUCCAACCUGAGCUUGGUACUUUGGACGAGAUGCUGCUCACUGGUUCCGGAGCGGAGGAAGUGGACCUAACCGUACAGAUUAGAAAAGGUGGAAAGGAUGAUGUACGGGAACUAGCAAAAGCCGUGUUGGAAAACAGCAGUGGGGUGAAGAUUGGUGGCUUCGUGCGCUACCUGAGGGUCAUGAUGCAGGAUAUGGACACAAAGGUGUAGAGUUUGCGAAUGACCAGACUCGUUGGAUGGCAACCAUGUAUUCGAAGGUGCUAAAAUGAGAGCAUCGAAAGUCUCGGGGUCUGGCUAUGAAAUUAUUGUCAAC